UAUUCUACCAGGCUGUACUUAAACAAGCUGGAUGCUCAAACUUCACACUCCAUCUUACUAACUUGUCACCAACUACCGUGGCGAUGCCGCAAAACGCCCUAUCUGUUGAACAUGCUGUUGACAAACUUGUCAAUGCUUCCAAACUUGUGGAGCAGCGCCCCGGUCUAAAGCCAGCAGAGGAAGCUCGCGUCAUUGAUGCUUUCAAUUUGAUGGCCACCGGCACUGGCAUCGGCACUGGUGCAAAGCGGCGAACAGUUUACUUAGAAUUCCUCCAGCGCGUCAACUCUGUCCUAGGACGCGACAAAGUUGUCUUAUGUGCAGCCAUCCUUGGGCCAUCUGCUGUGGGUCGGAUGAAGGACCGCACAAGGUUAGUCUUUCCCCAAUGGCACGAAAGCACAUCCGACAAUACUAUGGAGUCAGCUGCGCCAGUCGCAACUAUGGGAGAUGUUUAUGAACUCGAUAUUGAUGAUGUUGUUGCUGCCAUGAGCUCUAGAGACCAAGUUUGGGGAAAGCUGUGGUUAACUGAUACAUAUGCAAACACCUCAUCAUUCAUACCAUACCAAUAUCCGAUGAACUGACGCGUUGAUUAAUAAUACAACGCCCACGAGUGAUGUAAGAAGGGACUGAGAGAGUGCUAGUCAAGAGCUCACUUGAUGAUAUACCUGACAGGAAGUGACCCUGAGGCUCUAAACCACCAGUUGUUGUUCCAAGGAACCAUGACCUUGUGUCUGGUCCACUCUAUCCCAACACCAUCAAUAUGGUUGUCGCUAUCUUUUUUGUAUAUCCGAAUUCGCCCCUUAUCGUGCACUACAUCAAUAAUGAUAGCCAUGGUGUUAUCCGGAGGAUCUAUGCGAGUUCCUUUUGACAGGUUUGUCCAUGAGAUUGAUUCACAAUCACAAUUGGUCUGAUACCAGUUAGUUCCAACCUCAAUAAGCUAUGCGAAAUUGAAGUACCUCUUCUUUGCAUUCUUUCAA